AUGCCUCGCUUCACCAGCCCCUUUGACGGAGCCCAGCUCUUCUAUAGGGAUUACCAACCUACAAGCAAUCCCCGUCCCUUCAACCUGGACAAAGCCUAUGCAAGCAAGCAGAAACCAGCACUGGUAUUCAUCCAUGGAUGGCCAAUGUCUUCGCUGAUGUUUGAACAACAAACUCUCGCCCUUUGUGAGACUUAUCGAUUCAGAUGCAUUGCCCCUGAUCGCCGUGGUUUCGGCCAAAGUGAUUGGAAUGGUGGGAAUUGUGCCGAACCGGGCAAGGAGCAGAUAGAUUAUAACGUCUUCGCCCAGGAUGCGGCCCAUCUGUUAGAGAAACUUGAUAUCGGUCCGUUUGUUUUUGUGGCAGCGAGCAUGGGUCCAGGAGAAACUCUGCUAGCGUACGAGCGCAGCGAAUACGUCAGAACUCUACCCCCAUCGCUCUCUGUACCUUCACCUGAGCACAAGUUGUCAGAGUUCACGCUCCGACGGCUUGAAGGCUUUGUUGCUCAGGCGGAUUCCGUUGCCAUCGAGCGCUGUAUCCAGAUCAUCACGGGGGUGGAUUUCACAGAUCGCUUGCGAAAACUUGGUGCAGAGACUGACAUCCCUAUCAUGUGCGUCCAUGGAGAUCAGGAUUUGGGUUGUCCCAUUGAAGCCACUUCCCAAAUCAUCAAGGAAAUCAUCCCCAGGACGGUGGUUAGGAAGUAUGAGUCGGGAGCUCAUGGCCUGUAUAUCACGCAUGGUGAACAACUUGUUCAGGAUAUAUUGGCAUUUAUUGAAGGCUCAGCGUCUUAG